AUGGGUUGCUCAAUUUCAACAAGAACUUCAUCUUCAUCAGCUUGCAGAAUUGUAAAAGUGGUUCAAUUGAAUGGCUCUGUAGAACAGUUUGAUUACCCUGUUUCAGUGAGUGAACUCACAGCCAAAUUACCAAAGCAUUUUGUAUAUUUACAAUCUCAGCUUCUUUCUCCUUGUUCAAAGCCUCUGUUGCCAACCACAUAUCUUGAACCAGGGAAGAUAUAUUUCUUGCUUCCAUAUUCGUUUUUCCAAUCCGAUUUCUCGCCGGCGGAUUUGGUCACCAUAGCCAGGAAGCUGAGUAAUCGGGCCAAAAGGGAUAAGCCAAAAGUUGAGUCAGUGAAUAAUAGUAAUAAUAAUAAUGCAGCCAGUGCUGAUGCUAGCCCUGUUUGGAGAUCACCAGGUAGAGCUAUGAAGACUAGUUCUACUAGUGCUGAAAAUGAGCAUGAUGUGAUGAUGAUGCAUACCUGUUCGAAAUCGCCGUCCUGGAAGCCGAUUUUGGCCACCAUCAGGGAAAGAUCAUUCAACAGAAGAAGUGAAUCUGAUUUACAAGAAAAGGGGUUGGAAAUCAUGGAUAAAAUCCAUCAUUCAUCAAGAUUUGUACCUGUCAACUAG